UUUAAAAACAUGUUAUAAGACGAGUUCCUGUACGACUCAUGACCUGCCUGUUGUACAGCUGCCGUGUUCCCAUUGUGAAGACAGAAUGGCGGCGGCACGUCAAGCAUUUAUAUACCGUAUGGCAUGGUACGCUGUUUUAGCUGCCACAGCUUCAGCUACAUGUCCCAAUGGUUUUGUCCGCCAUGACGACUCGUGCUACAAAGUCUUCCUGAUACCAACAACUUGGCCAGAGGCGAUGAUAUUCUGCGAUUCAUUUGGCGCCAAACUGGCCGAAAUCUCCACACCAUCGCAACAACAGUUUUUGGAAUCCUACCUGACACCGUUUAAAUCCUCAAUAAACACACUGGAUGUCUGGAUCGGCGGAAGUGACCUCGUGGUUGAAGGCAGAUUCAUGUGGUCCAGGUCUGGUGACCCUAUUACUUACUCAAACUGGGUCCCGGGGGAGCCUAGUUCCGCGGGGUAUGAGGAUUGCUUGGCUCUCUUCACAUCUAAAAACUUCAUGUGGAACGACGCCCCAUGCGAAACUAAUCAGAUGUUCUUGUGCGAGAUACCGGGCUCUGGUAAUGCAGGAUCUGGUAUCUUUGGUUAAACUUUGAAACAACUGGCAUGCAGUAACAGUAAAUGUACCAAUAAAUGCCUUGGAACUACG